AUGAAGGGCGGUGCCAAGGUCGUCAUUGAGCCUCACCGUCACGCCGGUGUCUUCGUCGUUCGUGGUGGCAAGGAGGACGGCAUAGCGACCCGUAACCUCACCCCCGGCGAGUCUGUCUACGGCGAGAAGCGCAUCAGCGUUGACGAGGCCGUUGAGAACGACGACGGAACCACCACUACCACCAAGGUCGAGUACCGACUUUGGAACCCCUUCCGAAGCAAGCUUUGCGCUGCCAUCGCCGGUGGUGCUGACGACAUCUACAUUCGUCCUGGCUCUCGUGUUCUCUACCUCGGUGCUGCCUCUGGUACCUCCGUCUCUCACGUUGCCGACCUUGUUGGCCCUACUGGUUUUGUCUACGCCGUCGAGUUCUCCAACCGCUCUGGCCGUGAUCUCAUUGCCAUGGCUGCCAAGCGACCCAACGUUGUCCCCAUUGUCGAGGAUGCCCGUCAGCCCGUCCGUUACCGCAUGGUCGUCCCCAUGGUCGACGUCAUCUUCGCCGACGUUGCCCAGCCCGACCAGGCCCGUAUUGUUGCCAUGAACGCCAACUGGUUCCUCAAGCAGGGUGGUGGUGUCUUGAUCUCCAUCAAGGCCAACUGUAUCGACAGCACAGCCCCCGCCGCCGAGGUUUUCGCCAGCGAAGUCCAGAAGAUGCGUGCCGAAUCCAUCAAGCCCAAAUUCCAGCUCACCUUAGAACCCUUCGAGCGUGAUCACUGUCUGGUUGCUGGUAUUUACACACGCGGCGCCUAA